AUGCAAAACUUUUACAAGUCCAAUUUAAAAUACUACACAUUGGCAAUAUUUUGCCUGGCCUUCACUUUCGAUUUUGUGAACAGCAGUUGUUGUCAUUCAAAGAAUGAGGAUGGUGUUAUGUUACCCAUGUAUUUUUCAAAUAAUGAAAAUAUAAAAAUAUUAUUUGACAUAUUUCAAGUAAAGAAUAGAUAUCAAUUUAUAUUUUUUAAUAUUUUGUGUAUAAUAUUGGGUUUUUUUUCAGUAUAUAUUAAAUUAUUAAAAAAAAGACUUCAUCAUAAUGUGAAGAAAGUUUCUGAUGGGGGAGACGGUUCUUAUGUUAAUAUGAGUCCUUGUCAAAACGUCAACUAUGGAUUUUUAUCAUUUUUACAUUAUACUAUAGAUUAUUUAUUAAUGCUUAUUGUAAUGACAUUUAAUCCUUAUAUAUUUUUGAGUGUUAUAACAGGUUUAUCUUCUGCUUAUCUUUUUUAUGGUCACUUGAUAUGA